GCGAGUGAUCGUGGCAGAAUGGCUCAAUGGAUCAUGUUUGCGCGAAAGGGAAGAUUGACAAAACCUCGAUAGUGCACGCAGUGACAGGAGUUUAAUGAAGACAAAUGUUUCUUUUGUUGUUUCGCAAAUAUAAACAGCUACAUUUAGGAAGUUGCGCGGCUUAUGUUACCAUACUGUAAACAUGUCUUUAUUUAUCUCCUAACGUGACGCAACAGCAUCAGGAUCCACAACCAGGAUUUUUGAACAAUAGGACAGCUUUAGUGACGUAAUGGACUUGAGAAUUUAAACGCAGGGAAGCUUUAUGAAGAAUAAACAUUUUUUUUUAAAUCAAAUGUAUUGUUUGCUGGCACUGGUGGUCUAAGAUCUGUUACAACAAGUCCAUUACAUGAUGUACCAGAAUGGGUCAUCGGGCUGAUGUGAACAUGAACCACAGGAGCAGUCCAGCAAAAGCUUAUGAUUUCCUUCUGAAAUUCCUGCUGGUCGGAGACAGUGAUGUGGGGAAAGGGGAAAUACUGGCCAGUCUACAGGAUGGGUCCAGUGAAUCACCCUAUGGAUAUAAUAUGGGAAUUGACUACAAGACAACUACAAUAUUGCUUGAUGGACGCAGAGUCAAGCUCCAGCUUUGGGACACCUCAGGACAAGGAAGAUUCUGCACUAUAUUCCGCUCGUAUUCCAGAGGGGCACAGGGUGUUAUCCUUGUAUAUGACAUCACAAACCGGUGGUCCUUUGAUGGCAUCGACAGAUGGAUUAAAGAGAUUGAUGAGCAUGCACCAGGUGUACCCAAGAUCCUGGUGGGGAACAGACUUCACUUGGCCUAUAAGCGUCAGGUGACCACCGAGCAUGCCCAGGCCUUUGCAGAGCGACUGGGCGUCACAUUCUUCGAAGUCAGCCCUCUCUGUAACUUCAACAUUACAGAGUCCUUCACUGAGUUGGCUCGGAUUGUGCUCAUGAGGCAUGGUAUGGAGCGACUUUGGAGACCCAAUAAAGUGUUGAGUCUGCAGGACCUGUGCUGCCGUUCCAUCGUGUCCUGCACCCCGGUGCACCUCGUGGACAAACUUCCCCUUCCUGUUGCCUUAAAAUGCCACCUAAAGUCCUUCUCCAUGGCCAACGGUCUCAAUGCCAGGAUGAUGCACGGCCGUUCCUACUCGGUCAUAGCCAGCAACGCUAAAAAGAGAAACGGAACCAAAAAAUCCAAACUCAUCUAUCCACCACUGAGCCCGUCCCAGAACUGCGCACAAACAAGCUGCAAGAUUUCAUAGUUCAAUGCAGUUUGUGUACUUAUAAUUCACACACUUAAAAUGCAGUUUAAACAAGGAGCUAGAGUCGAAAUACCGCCACAGUCUCACAAUAAAUAACAAUCCGGAGAAUUGUGGCUAUGUGAUCAAAUAUAUCAAGUGAUUUGUUCACUAUGUGGGUUUGUUUAAACAUGUCGUCCUGGACAUAUUAUCCAGUGGUUGCUAAAAGACAGAUGUAAAAGUAAGGAUCUGUUUUUAAGUGUUGCCAAGCCUUUAUAAUGCUUUGCAUUGUUUAAAUAAAUGUACAAGUUAAUUAUGUCUUGUAAAUGUAUUGAAACUUGAUUGUACUGCAUUUUCUUGUCGAGAACUCUUUUGCUACUGAACCUGGACCAAGCCAACAGAAACAGAGGGGCUUUUGCGUUUUAUGAUCGCUUCACUUUCAAAAAGGACCUUACUGAAGAUAAUACCAGCUUCAUUUCCUUUAAUACUUUUCUUCGGACACUUUUCAGGGGUUUUGAGUGAAACUUCAAGGUUGACACACACUGCUCUUUGUACUUUGUACAUAAUUUGUUUUGUUUGAUACUAUGUUGUUGGAAUUCCUAAUUGUUGUGAUAUACUUGAUAUGUUGCCAAUAUUGUAAUUUUAUGGGACACACACCAAAGACACAGGAGAUUAAAAUGUGGCCUCAUUUGUCGCAUUGAAAACAACACUAUUAUUUCAGAUAUACACCAAGCAAACACAAUUUCUAACAUGCUAUCAUGUCAGGUUUUAAAAUAAAGAUCAAUGAUGAAACCACGUGGUCAUUUUG